UCAGCUGCUCACCAACGGACUGACUGCGGCCAGCGGCAGCCUCUCUGCCUUUUGUUAGCCGGGGGCUGGAAGGAGAGGAGAGACCGACAGAGCCGCAUCCAUGCAAUAGCGCACUUUGUAGUAAAAUGAUCAUCUGUACGAGUAAAAUGGAGAGAACCCAGUUCCCCCUGAGAAGCCCGUGCCAGCGCGUCCAGAAACAGGUGGUGGUGAACGGUGAGAAGGAGCGCGUGUCACUGCUGUUCAUGAAGGCUCUGGUCAGCAGGGGGAGCGUGGACGCGGUUUUCCAGCAGAUGGCCUCUCACCCUCAGUACUUGGAGAGCUUCCUGCGCACACAGCACUACAUCCUGCACAUGGACGGCCCUCUGCCGCUGCCAUACCGCCAUUACAUCGCCAUCAUGGCUGCUGCACGACAUCACUGCAACUACCUGGUGUACCUGCACUCAGCUCAGUUCCUGAGGGUGGGCGGGGACCCUCUGUGGCUGCAGGGUUUGGAGGCAGCACCACCUCGCCUUCGCCUCCUUGCCCACAUCAACAAGGUGCUGGCCCAUCAGCCCUGGCUCAUCGCCUGCUCACAUAUUCAGACCCUGCUGAAGUCGGGCGAGCAGUGCUGGUCGCUGGCGGAGCUGGUGCAGGCCGUGGUGAUCCUGGCCCACUGCCACGCCCUCUGCAGUUUUGUGUUUGGAUGCGACACAGACUCAGACUUUGUCCCUCCCUCCAAAUCUCCUAACGGUACCCCCCCGACCUUCUGCCCCUUUGAUGCUGCCAACGGCAACACCAACGUGCCUCAGUCCCUCGCCACUCCCUCCGAACACAAAGCACGACGACGGUCUCUUGACUCCAGUUGCGACAUGGCCUGUCUAAAAGAGAGGAUCCAGAAGUCUCAGGAGGAGCGUGAGAAGAGAGAGGGGCGUCUGCUGCAGACCCAGACGCUCCAGCAAACAGACCUGGAAGAGGAGGAGGAGAUAAUAUGCUUUGCAGACCCGUCGCGUUUCAUCACAGACCCCAACUUCUGCUACGUGGAGUUCGCUCGGAGAGAGGAGGACCACUUCCAAGUAUUCAGAGUUCAGGACUAUUCAUGGGAGGACCACGGCUUCUCCUUAGUCAACAGAUUGUAUUCGGACAUCGGGCACCUCCUGGACGACAGAUUCAGGAGCGUGACCACUCUCCCCUCGUUGCACAGCUCCGACCUGAAGAGGGCGAUCUGGAAUUACAUCCAUUGUGUGUUAGGAAUACGCUAUGACGACUAUGACUACGGAGAAGUGAACCAGCUGCUGGCGCGGGAUUUAAAGCUGUACAUCAAGGCGGUGGCCUGUUUUCCCGACGCCACCAAAACUCCAGUGUGUCCUCUGAGUUGGGCUCUACUCAAACCUUCAGAAAGGAUCCAUGUGAAUUUGCUCAUCAUGGAGGCGCGGCUGCAGGCGGAGCUGCUCUACGCUCUGAGAGCCAUCACUCAGUACAUGAUUGCCUAAGUGCUCGGAGAGGCACCAAGUCGAAACUCUUCACCGGUACCGAGAGACCCAGAGACGCGAGGACGAAGACGCAACGGGACGAGAGCGCCACUUGGAAGGACACAGCUCCGUUGUUUUGUAGCUGUGCCUCAUGAAUAUGCUUCUCUUUUCCUCAGAGUUAAUGUAUUUAUACCAUAGUGUGCCACAGUCCCCUCACCCCCCCCCCCUCCUCUUUCUACCAGACUCCUGUUGUGACGUCCUCCUGUCAAACAUCUUGACUCUCAAAGAUAAUGUGCAAUUAUUGACUAGCGUUGUUUUAAUUUGUUCCUGUUAUGUGUUCCAGCUCGGUCUGCGAGAAACCGCUUGGGUGUAGCAGCGUGUUACAGUGGCCAAUCUUGUCCUUUUUGAAGUUGGAUCAGUCUCCUUUACUUUCCCAGAACAUAUCUCUCUGUACAAGUUGAAUGAAUGUCAGCGGGAGACCAGGGCCUUUGUUUUUGUUGUUUCUUUGGACAAUCCUCGUCAGUGUUGGACGACAGUAAACAGACUGUGAAGGACGACCGUUUUGCUCUCCCCAAGCAUUUUGUAUUAAUGCUGGUCAAGAACACACACACAACAGUGACACUGCUGGAAGUUAUCACAUCACUAUAGUUUCUUUUAAUAAGCACUUUUUAAAACUUUAUAUAUUUAUAAUGCAAGGUAGCUUGUUAGUAGUGGACAUUGAGACACACAGUGUGUGGGUCUGAUUCCUUUUCUUUGUCACUGUAUGACAUGUAACAAACAUUUUUAGACUGUUUGUCCGGAAGCUUUCAGACUUUUGUGCUCAGCUGCAGAUCUGAGCGAAGUUUCUUCUUGAUCCGAGAGAUUUCAGUGAAUAUUCUUACGGGAAGCAUUUUGAACAAUGAAUGAUUUGACACAAUUUACGCCUGAGGAGAACAUUAGUAACUGAACUGAAGCGGCCAGUGAGCUGUUUCUAACAGUUAGAAUGAGGCUGAGCCAAUUUCAGCAUGAGUUGGGUUUUUUUGCACUGAAAUGCUUCAGAAAUGAUCAAAUACUGACUUUCAGACCAAGGUCAUUAAGAAUGAACUUAGUGAUGAAUUGGCAGGUGAAAAUGGAACGGACGUAGAUCUGCACUGGUCGUGAGUUGAGGUUACGUUCAGAUCUUUGCUUUGUGCUAAAGCUUUUUUGUGAGCUGUAUCAAAGCCGAAGUGAGAAUCCACGGUACAGUUUGCAGAGAGGAACAAUGUGCAAACCAGUUGUUAAAACCAUUUUCUUUUCUUUGUCUUUUCUUUUUACAGUUUUUGUAAACGGUAGAGUUCUUUUCCUGUUUAGUUUCUGGGUGUGACGGUAGGACCCGCUUGUUGUGCUGCAGCCUGGGUAGACGUAGAGGUGUGUCGGACGGUUUUAGAGUUAGACAUUAGGUUUAGAUUAGAAAACAGAAGUGCAUAUCGACUAAAGCAAAGAGCUGUUAAUACAGGUGCCUUCAGGAUUAAACUGGAGUGCAGCUGAAGCGGAGGGCUGUGACUCCUGGAGUCUGAAUGUGGGCUUCGGUUGCAUCUGGGCAACGCCGACACCUGACAAGUGUUGUUUCCCACAUGAAUGAGAACUGUGUUUUCUUACGGUGGUCGGCGCCAUUUCUGAUAAAUAUUACAGCUGUGUAUGCCUGUUUUGUUUUUUAAAUCAGAAAUCAUCUACGAGCCCCAGCAACUCAGCGAGAGCCUUUGACACAGAUGGAUGUUUAAAAAAAAAAGUUCAACUUUAGCCGAAUAAAAAAUAUUGACAAUUAACUUUAAAAAAAAUAGAACAAAUGAAAAACAAAAAAAAUGUUUUUGAAAAUGUGAAGAAAUGUUUUCUAUAAAGAUGCUUUAUGAAAAUAA